GCUGCGUAUAAACGCAGCCUCAUCAUAAACCAAUAUGGUGACUGAUAGAUUGAUCAACUGUUGACGAUCGUUAGGGAUAAUAGAAAGAAAUGUUUGAUAAUAUUGGGGUUAAUUUUCGUAUCGGAAAUGCCAGGGGGUGGUGAAAUCGAGUGAUGGACUUUAGGUGAUCGCGUGGCGUUUUGGGGAUAGAUACAGGGGGAACCAUGUGCGAUGUGUGUGCUGACUUUCACGACCUUCUGCUCUCUUACGAGGAACGUGCCUCGAAGGAGCAAGAUGACCUGGCCGCCCUUUGCAUAGGAGAUGUAGACACCAUACUCCAUUAUGUGAAUCAGUGGGUGCAAAGACAAUGCAUGUGCUGUUAUCGGGACAUUAAGAACUUUGACCGAUUCACACGGCUGACCCAGAGUGUCGUACUCUGUACAUUACAACAGUUGCAAGUUCUCCAGCAAAAUGAUAAAGUAUCCGAGGAUGGAGAGGAUGGUAGUAAGAAUGUCGGAAAUGACAAAUCAACGGCAGCAGCAACGACUACGAUGUCUACGACUAAAACGACGAUCGCGUCCGGGACGGAAGAGGAAAAAAAGGCUGACGAAGGGACAAGUUGUUCACAUCCGGAAUCCCCAAAGGGUCACCAUUGGUCCUUGCAAGAUCGAGAAAAGUUAUUUCAUCUUCUCUCGAAGAUAUUUUUACUGAAUUUUCCACUUUACAUCGCGAUGAAACAUGGCGGUGCCAUUAAUCCUUUAGCUCCUGUGAAGGACGAAGGAGGAUAUUGUGAGCCUCACGAUCCAGAAGUUCCGGCACCGUUGAUCCGUGCAGUGUCUGUAUUCUGUCAUCAAGGUGGAUUCAACUUGAUGUCUGCUUGUUUUGAUAUGGAGGAAACACUUCCCGUCGGUCUUGCUCAUUCGAUGGUUGCAGUGAUAUGCAACUUAAAGCUAUGGUUGAACUAUGGCAGUGUCAUUCAACUCUUCGUACCGCUGCGGAGCCGUGUUAUGAAGUAUAUGUGUCGGCUGGCAGAUAAAGAACUGCGUACUCCAGCUGUCAGGACAAUGGCAGAUUUUAUGUGGAGCGCAGUAAAGGAUCCAAUAGACGCAGUUCUCCCAACAUUCGAUCGUGAUGGAUUGGAUCUAGCGUUUAAAUACUUUACCAGUACUACAUUGACUAUGCGACUCGCAGGCGUCGCUCAAAUAAAUGCCCACAUUACUGCGUUCAAUGAGUUGUGCAACAGCGAAACCGUUGCUGAGGUCGAGCAAGUGGGCCACGCCCUGGCUGCUUGGCUGACGGAGAACAACAUUAUCGCUCACAUAUUUGGUCCUAACUUGCACGUUGAGGUCAUCAAGCAGAGCCACAUUGUCCUGAGCUUUCUCGCCAUGGAAGGUAGAAUCACACCGUCAGACAUGGACACCAUGUGGCAAGCAGCUCAAUUAAAACACUGCGGUCGUCCGGUAUACGAUCUUCUGGCUCCUUUGGUUAAACAUCUGGCACCUACACCCGUUUUGCAUCUGUACUCAUUGCUGGGAAAGCUUGAGCCCAAGGAUCAUACCGAGCAGAGUCUCUUCCUCGCUUCGGCUUUAAUCAAGUUCAUUUGGUCUUCGGGUGGCUCGGGGUAUCCUGGUGGAUUAGUUAUAAAAAAUAGGGAGAUCCUCAGAGGAGCUACUGGCGUAGGUGGGAGCAGUAGUAGUGACCCAAGCGGAAUGGAUGGCAGCAGCCCUGAUGAGGACGAGGAAGAACCAAGUCCAGCUCCGUCCGAAGGUCCAUCACCCAGGAAGCAGGCGAGAGGAGAUAGCAGCGAUUGCGAAGGAAAUUUCAAAGUGGAAAGUAUGGCGAGCAUACCAGUCGAGUCGAAUGUCACCGAGAUAGAUGAUCUCGUCUUGGUGAAGACCGACCGCAAUAACGACGUUCUCAAAAGUCCCACGGGAAAAUGUAUGGAGGAGCCUGGGACGAUAAAACCCGAAUCAAAAUCUGAAGCUAAAGCGGUUGAUGAGAAAGAGAAACAACAAAGCUGUUCCGAUGCGGAAGCGGAUACGGAGAAGUCGAACACUGAGGAACCAGUGGCGCGAGAGAAGAAGAAGCGGAAAGUCCUGAGAAAACGAAAAAAGCCUCAAAAACGUUCGCCUGUCUCUAGUGAGAAAACCCUGAAUAACUUAGUGAGAGAGGACGGCAAAGGCAAGCUAAAGGAAUUACCAAACGACAAAAAAAACAGACCUGAAAACGUAUCCGAGAACAUCCUAGAACCUGUAGCUCUUGACACUAGUUUUGAAGCUCAGAAAAUAGUAGACACCUUGGAUCAAGUAAAACAGCAAGCAAUGGCCAUGGAACCUAGUGAUCAGCAGGUUCCUACAACAGCCGCCCUCUUGAGAAGAGCUAGCAAGAGUAAAUACACCUCUCUCGUCGGGCACAACGUCGAGCGCACUCCAGAUUCUGCAGACAGUUCUCAUGAUGAGGAUGACAGUGACGUCACAGCGGGCGUCCUGGCGACUGCUGAAAGUACCGGUACUGUUAUGUCUGAGUUUGCCGGGUUAGCACACGUAAGCAGACCACCAUUCUUACCAUCUGUUCUCGACGAGAUGCUCUCCGACGAGGAAGGCUCCUAUAGCAGCAGAAUAUCAAAUAAAAGUGAAAAGAACAUGGCAGACUUCGACGGAGAGGAAAGUGGCUGUGAGGAAGAGUUAGCUCAAUUAGCAGCACGUCAUCUUACCGCCAUACAGAUGCAGACUUAUCAUUCUCAUCAUUCACACCCUGCAAUGACUAUCAGGAGGUCAGUAUGUCGACCUCCACAGGUCAGAAGUAUUAGACAGACAGUGGCUAGACUUACGUCUCAAUUCAAUCUAGAAACUGUCUGUAAGCCAGGAAACACCUUACUAUGGGACCUUCUUCAAGAUGAGAAAAUUGGUCAACUCAGCGAAGGAUUAGCUCUCGAAGCAGAAAAGGCAUUGUGCAAUCUUCUCUGUUUCAAUAUCGAUAGGUUAAUUCCCAUGAAGUUCAUCGAAGGCUGUUUAGAAAAUUUAGCAGCAAAUAGAUCUGUAGUGGUGUCCUUGAGACUUCUUCCAAAAUUGCUGGCUAGUUUUCAGCAAUUUGGUGCAAUGGAUGCGCACACUAUAACAACCUGGGCUGAUCGUGAACGAGGAAUGAUGAAGCACUUCUUCAAUAAUCUCAAGACAUAUGCAAAUACUGGACCUAGGACAAAUUUGUAUUCGCAUCAAACCGAAGUACAAGUUAGACUACAAUUUCUAUCUUCAAUAUUCUCUCCUCUGGGCUCACCUGACUGCUUUCGAUUAAGCUUGGAACAAGUUGAUAUCUUGUGGCAAUGUUUAUCUCAGGAUUCUACCUGUGCCGAUGAACUUUUCAGCUGGUUACUAAGCCAGGCUAAAUCUACAGAGCAACAUGCUUUAGGAAUGGACACCUUGAAGCAUCUUUGCAUGCGAAAGUUACCAAGUCUACCACCAGAAACAAUAAGUAUGACAGGACUCAGUCUUUUCCAGCAGUUGUGUAAUCUGGCGAGGUUAGCUGCAGCUCAUCUUGACAGACCACUUCGAGAUGUAGACACAGUUGGCAUGGAUUUUCUCUGGAGGAUUGCUCUAAGAGCAAAAAGUACAGAUGUCAGUAUGGCAGCAAUACAAUAUUUAAAUGGAUAUUACAUGUCAAGACAAUUGACACAGGAAGCGGAAUUUGUUUCGCAAUGUAUGACUCACUUGGCAGCUGCAAGUGCUGAUCUGGAGAACAACGAAGAGGCUAGUUUACGCUGUAUACAACGAGCUUUGCUCCUAUUGCGGACGCAUCUCGAAGCUUUUCGAAAACGUUACGCGUACCAUUUGCGAAGGUGGGCGUUGGAAGGUAGAGGAGCCGGAAGUCACGUAGCUAUGAAUACUUCCGAAAAGGGACAACAGUUGAGGAUACUUGUACAACCAGCAGGAAUUCCUGAGAAGACUAGUUUUACUUUAUUCAGCACUGAUUACAUAGCUGAUCUACGUGCUGAAGUAGCUAAGUGGUGGGAUGAUAGGCAAAACAAUCAAGAGAAGGCUUCCGGGGGCUCUGUUACAUCCGGUAGCAACGGAGGCUCAGUUUUAGGAUCCUUGCUAAGUGAUGGACCAAUUAGAAUGAUCACUCAAGGACAAGAGCUAACAAUAGACUUCGAUGAGAAGACUCUUCAAGAGAUGGGUUUCAAGGAUAGUCAACUGGUGUUCAUCUCUCUGGGUGCAGGAAGAGGAAGCGCCGGUGGUGGAAGCGGAAGUCGUUGUGGCAAACGAGACAUAGAUUCGCCGUCUCUACUACCUCCACCACCGAGGGAGUCCUUACCGACUCUCCUACUCCUAAGACCACAAUACUUUGAGCAGCUAUUCACCCUGAUGAGAACUCUUAGUGCCAUGAAGACUACUGUUAAAGGUGGUCAGGAGAUACCACAUACAAAGGCUCAGGUACUCUCUCGUAGAGUAUGGGAUACGCUCACAUUACUUCCCACCAGCCCUACGCUGCUCAGGGGCUUCCAAAAGCUUGGCGAAGCAUCACUUCCGGAAUUACUAGACCCUGCUAGUCCCCAAAAGCUUAUGUACUCCCUUUACAUAGUAGAAUCUCUCAGCAGACGAACAUCCUCUACUCAGGUGACAUCAACGAGUUCCGUAACCAUUACUCCUGUUCACGAAGGUGGUGGGGAUGCUGAAGACAAUCACGAGGAUAAAGAAAAAGAAGUACCCUGGUCCACUCUCUUUGUUCAACAUGGUGGACUGCGUCAUCUCUUUGACAUCUUCAUGUCAGGUUGUCUUGAACGUGGAGAUGGUAGUGAAUGGCAGCAGGAUUGCCUUGCUAGUCUUUUGAAACAACUCUGCCACCUAGGUGUUGUUAAGGAAGAAAGGAAGAGGAAUAAAGCUGAUAAGCUUCUGGUUCCGCGGCUGAGUGAAGCGAUGCUCGCCAUGAUGGAUGUAGACACUGUUAUGCCUCGAAUCACCAGUAUUUUGAAUAAGGCUUCGCUGCCACGAGAUCCAAAUCAUUAUAAGACUGGCCUCUUUGGAAGGUCACAGGUGAUACACUAUGCCAUGGCGCUUCUUGUUUGUUGGGUCCAUAGCGACCUGGCUGCUAGACAAUCUCUUUUCUCAUCUUCGGAACCCUUUGGAAAAACUUGGCUUCGCAGACUUGUCCUGGAGGAUCCAGAACCAGCAGUCCGAAGAGAAGUCUGUACUGCACUUUACAGACUAUGUCUAGGAAGUACUGGACCCGAUGAUCCUUCCUCUGAUACUUCAAGCUUGAUCGUACCAAUGCUCAAUACUCUCCUGGAGGAUCUCGUCGUCGCUGAAGCUAUGCAACCUUCGCAUCAUAAACCUGACCUUCCGUUACAUCUACAUCCAGCACUAGAAGAAGGUAAAGAACCUUAUGGACCAGCUUGUCGAGAUUACUUUUGGCUUGUAUGUCGACUCGUUGAUUCUCUUCCUGAAGACGUGAUCAAGGAAGGCUUAGAAGAGGCCUCAGGGUCUACGAUAGACCUUGAAGCACUUGCCAUUAGAGUAAUAGAAUCUGUGCUGAGCAGACAACACUUGGAGACACGACAUAAUACCGUUGAAGAUGAUGGACUUGUUGGAUUGCUUAAUUUAACAUGUAACAUUAUGACGCAUAAUCCUCCUUGUAAGCAGAGCAAGAUCGGUCAGAAUCUUCUUCUGGAGGUCUUCGAUUUUCUCUUUGCACUGCCAAACCCAAGAAUGAAACAUGUUCCAAAGUGUAAGAGUCAAGUAUCCAGAUCAGCUGCAUUUGAUCUUCUUGUCGAGCUGGUUAAAUCUGCUCCUGAUAACUAUAGGAUUCUGCACGAGAAGCUAUUGUCUCAGCACAGACCCGGUCCACAUUCUCCUUAUCCCUGGGAUUACUGGCCUCACGAAGAUGGUCGCUCUGAUUGUGGUUAUGUCGGCCUCACAAAUCUUGGUGCAACAUGCUACAUGGCUAGUUGCAUGCAACAUCUUUACAUGAUGCCCCAAGCGCGAAUCUCAAUCCUGGGUGCAGACUGCAACGGUGCGAAUAAGCAUCAGCUGACAUUACGUGAGCUCCAGAGGAUGUUCGCCUACCUCCUGGAAUCCGAGAGGAAAGCUUACAAUCCACGAAGCUUUUGUCGUGUAUACACAAUGGACCACGAACCUUUGAAUACUGGCGAACAGAAGGACAUGGCUGAAUUCUUCAUCGACCUAGUGUCCAAACUCGAAGAGAUGACGAGUGACCUGAAGAAUCUCGUGAAGACCCUCUUCUGCGGUGUAAUAUCAAACAACGUCGUGUCAUUAGAUUGCGAACACGUCAGUAGAACCCUGGAGGAAUUUUACACGGUGCGUUGUCAAGUGGCCGACAUGCGCAAUUUGUACGAAAGUCUUGAUGAAGUUACCGUCAAGGAUACCCUGGAAGGCGAUAACAUGUACACCUGUUCACAGUGUGGUAAGAAAGCCAGGGCCGAGAAGCGGGCUUGCUUUAAAAAACUGCCACAUAUUUUAUGCUUCAACACAAUGCGAUAUACUUUUAAUAUGGUGACCAUGCUCAAGGAGAAAGUUAACACGCACUUUAGUUUCCCAUUGCGACUCGAUAUGUCUGGCUACGUCGAGAAGAAAUUAAUGCCUCAACAUUACCAAGAAGAGAAGAAAGCCUCGGAGAGGAGGAAGUCUGAAGGAGAAGGUUCUCAAGGUACUUCGAGUUCCCGUAGCUUUUCAAUGGACGACAGAGAAGAAAUGGAGCAUUAUCAGUAUGAUUUAAUUGGAGUGACAGUGCAUACAGGAACAGCUGAUGGCGGACAUUACUACAGCUUCAUUAGGGACCGCACUUCACCUAACAAGGACAAAUGGUUCCUCUUCAAUGAUGCGGAGGUCAAGCCUUUUGACCCUAAUCAAAUAGCAGCUGAAUGUUUUGGUGGCGAAAUGACUAGUAAGACCUAUGACUCGGUUACUGAUAAAUUUAUGGACUUCAGUUUUGAAAAAACAAACUCGGCAUACAUGCUCUUCUAUGAGUGGUGCGCUGAUCCCGGCGAUCAGCCCAAGGAGGAGGAAGCGACAGUAUCCAGUCUUAUGGAUCCUACAAGAACACACAGUCUACAGUCACAUCAGAUGGCCAAUAAGCUACCACCUUUGGAACUGAAUAAAGAACUUGAAGAUUGGAUAUGGCAGGACAACAUGCAUUUCCUGCAGGACAAGAAUAUAUUUGAGCAUACGUACUUUAGUUUCAUGUGGCAGAUUUGUGGAUACAUCCCACAGACGCUUCUGUCUAUGCAACCGGAUAUUACAGAAAUGUCUGCAGAACUUUCAACUUCCUUUUUUAUGGAAACUUUCAUUCACGCUAAGGAAAAGCCAACUAUGGUGCAGUGGGUUGAACUUUUGACAAAACAAUUCAAUGGAUCUGCAGGUGCCUGUGCUAGGUUCCUGGAGAGAAUGGCUGGUGACUCCUGGUGGCCAAUACAAAUUCUAGUCAAAUGUCCGAAUCAGAUGGUUAGACAAAUGUUUCAGAGACUGUGUAUUCACGUGAUACAGAGAUUGCGAGCUACUCAAGCUCCACUUUACCUAGUAUGCGAUCCGGAAAAUGACCUCAGUACCGUUGGCACUCAAUCCUGUGUCACGAGAUUCGUCAGAAUGUUAUUAUCGCUGAUGGAGCAUGCUAAGCAGCACCUUAAACACCUCACCGAAUACUUCAGCUUCCUGUAUGAGUUCAGUAAGAUGGGAGAAGAGGAGACUCUUUUCCUGAUUCAAGUCCAAGCCAUAUCGACUAUGGUGAACUUUUACCUAGGUCACAAAACUCAUGAGUUUGUCGAUGCAGUCAGUGAAGAGGAGGAAGAGGAAGAGGUCCUGGCUGUGGCUACGGAGAAAUUAAGACCUGCAUCCUUGGAUAAAAUGAUUACCUUAAUAGCUACCCUCGUUGAACGAAGCAGAGGUCCUGAUCACAGAUUGACUCUAUCACCAGCCGAUCUAAAUGCUGUUGCCGGUGGCAAAGGAUUCCCGUUCCUUUAUCAGCAAACCAGAGACGUUAUAAACUUAAAUCAAACUCGCAAUCUCAUUCAGAGUCUUUGCCGUUGGAAUGAUAGGCUUGCCGUACACAUUGUGACUAUGAUAUUCCAAGCGAUCACGAAGCACACAGAUGUAUGCCAGGCAUUCUUCAAGCUCCUGACCUUACUCACCGAAGGUUCAGGUCCUAGUGGAUUACCCUGUAUGACACAAUUAGUUCUUGGCCGUGUCUGGGAGGCAGCAAGGGUAGCACCACACGGAGCCUUAGAAUGGUUGGCCUUAGCCGUUACUAGAAGCAAGCUCGCGCAUGCUUGGGUUCUUCAAGGACUCGACACAUGGCUCCAACACUUCCUUCUUGAACACUCCAAUCAGAGAGUUCGUUCCGCUGCUGCUUUUCUUUUAGUAUCCUUAGUUCCUUCGACCCACUUCCGACAGGGUUAUCGUAGUGCACAUAGAUUGGGACUAGGAUGUAACUCUUCUAGAGAAUUACAACUUUCGCCUGAAGCUACCUUGAUAUUGCAUCAGGUAUAUACGGCUCUAUUGAGGCUCUUGCAACCUGCGAGACAUUAUAUAGACAUUCAGACGCAUGGUACGAUGAAACUUACUGCCUACUUUGCGUUGCUUACUUACUGCGUCAUUUCCAAGACUGAAAAACUCAUGUUCGGACAAUAUUUGAACGAUCUUUGGACACUUUUCCAUCCAAAAUUAUCAGAACCGAGUAUCCCGGUUCAUCACAAUAAGCAGGCUGUUUUGCUCUUUUGGUAUCACGUCUGCUCGGACUGUCCUGAGAAUGUAGCAAUGAUACUUCACAAUUCACAUAUAACCAAGAAUAUAGCAUUUAAUUACAUACUAGCUGAUCACGAGGACCAGGACGUCGUACUCUUUAACAGAGUUAUGCUACCGGCAUAUUAUGGCCUCUUGAGACUUUGCUGUCAACAAUCACGUACAUUUACCAGACAAUUAGCUGGACAUCAGAACAUUCAGUGGGCUUUCAAAAAUAUUACACCGCAUCCUACUCAAUAUUCGACUGCUGUCGACGAGCUCUUUAAACUGAUGCAACUAUUAGUUGCAAGACACCCUGAUCAGACGGCAGAGGAUGAAGCAGAAAUUGCAUCCUUCAGGAGAGGAACUCUCUCAUCUUAUUUGCAAGGACUAGAUGGACGUUCUUGUUGGGCCACCCUUAUAUCCGCCUUCAGAAUUCUUAUUGAAUCAGAUGACGAUCGACUAUAUGUAGUCUACAAUGGCGGCUUGAGCAUGGCGUUAGAGGCAUUUCAUAUGUUGCACAUAAUGUAUCAUGAAGCGACUGCGUGUCACGUAGCAGGAGACCUAGCAGAAUUGAUAGCCAUUAUCGUGGAACUAGUGCGCUGUAUUAGAACAGCUCGAGAUGGUCCAGACGCUAGGAACAUUCUGGCCCAGUGCAAAGAAUGGCCGGAUGUCUUACGUAAAUUAGCAACUCUCUUGAACACCUAUAACCCACCGGAUAUGCGCAAUUUGGCUAUAGACCUCUUAAAGGAACUGGUGAUGCUAGUACCUGCCGAGGCGAUACUCAUCUUAGCGCCGUUAUUAUCACACUGCCACGCGGCUCUUCAAGAAUCUCACGCGGCCGUUCCACCUGGACCAUAUCUCCCAAGACGUUCUACGCCUCCAGGGAAAAUGGCUUCCAGACCUGCCAGACCUAUGGUACAGAUGGCUGUUCCACAUUCUCAACUGGAAGCAUCGAAGGGCAUUGACCCCGAGUACGAUAGUGCUCUUCUUGAAUUUUAUUUGCCUUAUCACGAAUUAAUAGACGUCAUGUGUCGAUUAGCUAUCAAUAACGAUUGUAUGACUGACACGCUGGUCAACCUAAGUGCCAUGCUAGGGUUUGAAGGCGUCCCUUUACAUCUGGCGCUGUUUCCAAGACUCUGGUUGGAUGUUCACGCUGCUACGCACAUCGAUAGGAAACACAUAGCUGCCCUACUGUGCUCUUCGUACACAGUAGAUUAUGUCGACGCCGUACUCUUGGACGAGAGGUCGUCUUUAGGUGUUCCUGCAAUUCACGCCUUUCUCAAGACAUUCUUCCCCAAGUUGGCGAGUCACGUCCUCACGGAACAGACGUGCUCGUUAAUUGACAACCUUGUGAACUCGUUAACCGGCAUGGUAGACGUCGUGGACAUUCAAGCCGGUGCUCAUAGGUUAACGGGUAAUCUAAGAGCCCUGACCCUUGUCUACAGCAGCGGUACACGAUUGAAGCCACCUGCAACUCUUCAAGCAGCUCUAGAUACUCUCCUCUCUCGGACAAGAACCGCUAGACUGAAGGAAUCUUCUCAGCAGGAAAUAGAAGCGCCUUCAAAGAAACGAAAGUUCAAUACCACGGAAGAAAUCGAGCAAGACGAGAAGAAUUUAUUACCACAGCCUGAGGAAUCCGAGGAGGAGAAGCAAUGCUCUCAAAUGGAAAUAGAAGAGAAGACGAAGGGUGAGAAGAGUGACUCGAAGUCAACUGAAUCAGCUGGCGAAGAAGCUGAAGAUGGUAUCAAGGCGACGAAGGCGAUGGACGCGAGCGGCACCGCGUCGAUAUCCCCGACGCUCGUCGCAGCUACGACUACAGGAAGUUGCGCAAAUCAACUGCGCUGUAGCCUGACUAACGUCUCUUGGCUCGAGAUGCUGGAGAAGACGAUCGUUAAUCUCCAAGUGAUCGUGCAGUUACAAUUGAAGAACACUUAAGACUACUUUUGAACAGUUAGUCAGAUGCUUUCGAGGAGUGCUUUUAUCGCCGCGGCAUGUAAUACGGGAGAGAGAUAUAAAAAGAGGGCUCGCACAUUGUUGUUAUGCUACGACAAGGCCGCCAUUUAUUUCGCAUAGGACUUUUACCAAAGACUUUGAUAAAUUCGCGUUCGGAUAAAGACAUAGAAUGAGAGAGAGAAAAAGAGAGAAAUAUGAAAAGAGAACAAUCCCUUUUGCUAUAUAAACGCGAAUUCAAUUUCAAAGAUGUCUUUUGCGUUGUGGCUCGUCCCUCGAUGAGGCGUCGUCAAAUUAACUCGCAUUGAGUUUCUAUCGUUGGAUGAAGUACAUAGACUGACUUUAUUUACUCUUCUGAACAUACUUUCUGUAUGUCGUUAGAUGAAAGCGCGACAUGUCAAAUCCUCUUUGACAGUGCUAUAAAUAAGUCGAAUUCUUUCCUGGACAUUACCGUAAUAUCAUUAUAUCCAAUUCAUUUUUUCCUCUAAUGACAAAAAUACACGGUUAGGAAGGUUCGCCGUCUCGUGCAAUGUGCCUGAACGUGUGUCUAAAGUUCACCCUCCUCUUUGUUGUAUGUAUAUUCUUUGUACUUUUCUUUUAUGCUUAUACCUAGAUUUUAAGGCAAUCUCUUGAACCACUGCUAAUUAGUAUAUGCUCUUAGAACUGUGCACUGUUCUGCCUGACGCAGUAUACGAGAGAAAAUGCCGCUGCGAAAUGCUUUUCUUGCGCUUCUAAUAAUUAUUGCAAUUCGUUCUUAUUCUGCAUCUUGUACUACAUGCCGCGUAGAAAGGAGGGAGAGAGAGAGAAAGAAAGUAUGCGUGUGUGUGUGGGGAGGGUGGUAGUAUGCGUGAGAAAGCACACACGUGCAUAAUUAAAGUCUCAUUUUUAUUACUGCGUGGCUUAUCUGAGCCAGAGGAGAGUCAAACGGGCACAAAAAUUACACAAAAAUCUUAGCUUCCGGAUUAGCAGAUUCUCAAUAGUCAUACGAAUUUAUCAUAUCUACAUUUUCUUUUCGUAAAUGAAUUCCCAUCUGUCGGAUACAGUGUCGUUGAACUGUCUUUUAUUCUUAAAGUGUUUCUUUUUUUUUCUACAUUGCGACAGGCCUGACGGUAGUCGUCAAAGGUCUUUGAUUGUAGAUCUUUAAAAAUCAUACGAUACCGUCAUUUUUCUUUUAAUUUAUUCCACGUCGUUUAUCCUCGUAGAGAAUUGAUGGCUAAAUGAAAUGGAAAGAGAAUUAUCGUUUGACAGUGAGAAUAAAGCGCGAAACGAAGCGGCCGAUAUGUAUGAAAUGUAUGUGCUCCUCUUAAUCGAAAAGUCGAAGGAAAUAUUUGAUUUUGAAUAAAAGAUUUUUUCUAUUUACAAACAGUGUAUUUGUACACGCACCACACGUUAUUUUAUGCGAUUGAACGGAACACAAGGGAUAGGAUGAAUAUAAGAGGAAGUGAGUAGACCGAUAUUAGAUAUUAAGGAUAAAUCGAUGGAGACGAGAGAGAUGAAAAAUAUGAAAUUAAGAAUCGGGAUUAUGAGAUAUUAUUAAUGUUUUACUAUUCGUUUUUUUAACGUAAACCAAAAGGUUAAUGAAAUCGUAACGACACUGUCGGACGUUUUCAGAUUUUCAUAAUGGAGCCACGUGGAUGCUCAACGUGAUGACAACUAACAUACAAUAAAAGACACUUUGGGGAAUUAUUCCGGCGUAAUCCUAUGUAGUUAAUGCUACUUCCAUUGAAGAAAGUCCUGUUGUUUUUAUUAUCAUCAAUCCUCCAGUAGUUCUGCGCGAAUUUGGUCAACGUGGCGAUCGUUCGUAAGUGAAUGUUCUCGACGGAUUUUGAAUUCCUUGUGUGAGUACCCACUUUUACGAAUGCAUUAACACUAUUAUAAUGUAUAGUUUUCGAGCAAACGUUCAAUAAAUCCCAUUGAUUUUAA